AUGAGCGAUCAAGAAGAGUUAUUUAAAUAUUGGUUGAAGUUUAAGGAUAUUUCUACAAGACUGUUCGGGAAUAAAAGAAAACGUGUUAACGAACCCUUAGUAUUGCAUGGAAAUGAUCGAUUUCUAUCCCACCAUUAUUGUAUUGACUCAAAUUAUUAUUUAAUUAGCGGAAAAGUUAAUUCUGAAUUAUGUACUUGUGCAUUUUAUGACUACAACAACCCCGACUUAGCAUCGUCAUAUUCCUAUGACCAUCAAUACUUUCAUGAUGAGAAACAAUUAAUAUCCAACAACAAGUGCUUAGAUAACCAGGACGGACUUGGGGACAAAUACUUAAAAGUUGAAUUAUUGGACUGCAGUGUUGAAUUUGAGAAUUUCCAAAAAGAUUUAAAUGCAAAUAUUUUUUCGAAUAAUCUUUUAUGUUGUUAUAAAAAUAUGGUGAUAGUAGCUAUGGCCCCGGAUUUGGUGUUGCAAAAACAACCUAGCGGUAUUUUGGUGAAAAUCAACCUCGAAUCAAUCGUUUCUAAGGCAUGCAAGCACUUUUUGAAUAAUUAUAAAUCCGCCUUUAUGGAAUAUAAUGAGACACUUGGAAAUGAAGUGCUUGGGAAAUCCUGGGAAAUAACCUUUAUAAAGAUGGCAAAAUUUUAUGGGAAAGAUUUACUAAUGCUAUGUUUGACCAAUGGAUUUGUAUUUUGUGCAUUUUGUGAAGAUGUAUACCAAAACGAAACAUUUGAGCCGCUUUUCCAAUUAAAAACGGAAUUAUCUUGUUGGAGUAUAGAUAUUUUUGAUGAUGGGCCGAUAAAGGUUUUUGCUGUUGGUUCAAAUGAAAGGACGGUUACUUUAUUUUUUCAUGAUUCUCAUAAUAAAGAAAUCCAACCCAAUAAAAGUAACAUUGUUUAUAAAAUAGGUAGAAUUCCAUGUUCGGAUAAUGUUCCCACCGUAGCCUUUUAUCCCAAAAGGACGAGCGAGGGGAAUGCUAUUCUAUAUUAUGGUAACAUUAUAGGCCAGAUAGUCAGUGUAAAGAUUUUCUUGAAGCCAAACAAAGACUAUAAGGGGACAAAUUUUACUGAUGAACCAUUUGCUUAUAAAUACUUGAAUUCGCAAUUUUUAGGUACACAAUGCUGGUCGAUUAGUUUGCUAUUUGAGAACGAAAUUUGUAAAGAUUUUUUAAAAGUAUCUUCAUGGGAAGAAUUAUCAGGUUGUCCAAAUAAAACAUUAAAUUCAAUUCAAGAACACAAUGUCCUACAAGACUAUUUAAUUUUAGAUAACCUUAGAUACGAUGAUUUUGAUGGAUAUGACAAAACAGUUAAAACUUAUGGAACAGGCGCAAAAAUAGCCAGGAUUCCCGUUCCGACGCAAAGUUUAUUGGAAAGAUGUGUUAUAUAUGAUGAUAAUGACGGAUUUAUCAGUACAGAAGUUCAUAUUAACUCUGGAGAGCUGGCUACAUAUCCCUUUGACACAUUUGAUGAAUACACAAAUUUAUACGGCAUUGGAGAAAACGAGCUAUGCUAUAACGACUUGCGUGCGCCUGGUAAAAACGGAAUUUUAACAGAGCAUAUGAGGCGAAAAUUUGAUAAGCUGUAUACCAAAAUUAGGCAGCAACGUAAUAAAAAAACUGAGAAGAAGACUAAGAUCCAGGAUCUUAUCAGUAUAACAAAUCCUAUUGCUAGCAGUGCUGAGCAGGGCAUUUCAGAAUUCUUAAAGGAUAGAGCCCAGGAGGUAGGUGACAUAGUGCAAGUAUCGUUUAAUAGUAUUUUAUCCAAAGCAGAUAAAUUCAUAGAUGCAUUCGAUUUCAUCUAUAAUUAUCAUUUGGCAGGGUAUGAUAUGAGAAAUUAUUAUCCUGGUCCUAUACUCAGGAUAGGAGAAUUCUUAGAACAGUAUGGGAUUAAUACCAGAAAGUAUGAGUAUUAUACAUUAAUUUACAUUUUUAAAGAUCUUGCACAACUUUGUAUUAAAGACAAGAUAGUUCCAUACGAUGAGUUUUUCAAUAACGUUUUCCAAAAAUAUAUAAAUGACAGAAUCUAUACGGAUUCUGUGUUGUAUCCCCACAAUGACUUAAUUUCCUACACGCCAACUGAGAGAGGCGGUAAUACUACCUGCUUUAUAAACAAUGAAAUUUACAAAAUUCGUGAUUUGUAUUUGAGUAUCGAUGCUACUGAAACAAACCCAACUGAGUCCAUGCAUUAUCAUGAUGAAAUCGAUAUGUGUGAACAAUCGGGAUGUUAUCUUUUUAGCACUGGUAUCAAUGGUGCAUAUUUAGUCACGGGUCAUCCAUUGAUAAUUAAUGCAUACACUCCUAAGAAAAUAUUUGAUAUCUCAAUAGUACUUGAUAACCCGCAAAUUAAUCUUGAAAAACGGAAUCUUUUGCAAUAUGCAAACAGGAUAUCAAUAACUUGUUGGAUUAGGGAGUUAAAUUGUAUGGUAGUUGCCUCUCAAGCGGGAUGUGUAAGUAUUUUUAGAUUAACUGAGUACAAGGGAGUCAAAUGUUUUAGACAGGAACAUAUUUUGGGUACUGAUAAUUUUGAACUAGAUUCUGAAACAAUAAAGCAGAAUUAUUUGCAACACAAAAUCAAUAUUAACUUAAAAUAUGGUAUGAUUAAGGGCUUGGCAUACAGGUAUAUCGAUAACAGAAAUGAAGGUUCAACAGAAACAACCUGUGUCGAGAGUUAUGCAUUGUUGUAUGUGUACCAUAGCCAUGGGCUCAAUGUUUAUAAAAUAGGUUUAUAA